CAACAAGUGGCGCAGAAAUUUUUGGGCCAAGUUAACAUAAUGAACGCGACCGAAAAAAAUGACAUCAAUUUGAUGAUUGGAAUUUUGAAAUUGAUGGACGAUUGCGAAAAUGUGUUAAAAUUUAUAGGCACACUUCAAGAUAGUGGUUCACUAUAUAUGAUUACUCAAUGGUGUGAAAAUGGCAAUCUCGAGGACUAUCUUAGAAGCGCUCCUGCAAACUUGGAUUGGUCCAUAAAACUUAAAAUAGCCACCGGAAUUGCCAAUGGACUUGUCUUUUGUCACGAUCGAGAAGUACUCCACCACGACUUGAGAAGUCAUAACAUACUACUCGAUGACAGAUUAUGUCCAAAACUUUCCGGGUUUCAGCUGAGCAGGUUUCAAAUAGCUUCGUCAAAGAAUCGGAGAUCCGAACAUUUGGGAUAUUAUCCACCAGAAAAGUUCGCUGACAUCGAACAGCCAUAUAGGGCCCCCGGUGAUGUAUACAGUUUUGGAGUACUUCUAUGGGAAAUCGCAUAUCAGGAAAAACCGAUGAAGGAUAAAUCGCCCAAGGAUAUCAUACAGCUCGUUUCGGACGGUGGCCGUCCAGAAAGCACUAAAAAGAUUGAGAUCAUAGAGGGAUACGAGAAAAUAAUGAAAAAGGCGUGGAGUCAAGAACCGAACAAGCGUCCAAAAGCUGAUAAAGUAUACGAGAAGCUGUUGAAAUUGUCCAAUGAGCGUGGGUUAACCUCCCCAACCAUACACCCGUCAACUAAAUCACCUUGCGAAAACUCGGCAUCUGAGCUGCCAUGUUUGGGUGAAGGCGUACCAGACAUAGAAGAAAUUAAGCAAUUGCAUAGAGCUGGAAGAUACGAAGAGGCCUUUGCUAAAUUCACCAAGCUGGCCGAAUCUGGCAAUGCUGAGGCCUUUCACUAUAUAGGACUGUGUUACGGAAAGGGACUUUGUGUUGAAGCAAACGAAGCCACUGCCAUAGAUGAUUAUGGAGAAGCUGCUGAUCGAGGCCAUGUCGAGUUAGUUUAUAAGUACUCCGAACUUGGCUUGCAUCGCUUGUACAAGUACGUGGAAAAAGCUGUGAAAUACUAUGCCCUUCUCCCCAGUUUCGUAAAACGCCAAAUCAUAGAUAAUGGCUUGUUCAGAUCAUAUAGUGGCUUGUUCAGAUCAUAUAGUGGCUUGUUCAGAUCAGAUAGUGGCUCUCUCCGCAAUAGUCUACGUCCGAAUAUUCCAUUCUCAGGCUCUGUAUUAGGAAAAGAUCUUUCAAUCGACGAAAAACAGGCUAGAUUGGAAUUAUUUUUAAGGGAAUACGUUUUAGAAGUAGACUAUGUCUUCGAAGAUGAAAAGGCUGUGAAGGGUGUUGGUGAGAAGGAUACAAACGUUUGA